GCGUACUCAUUAUUAACCCAACUUUUAACAAACAGUGAACAAAAAUAACAACAAUACAAGAAAGUGAAUGUUUUUGCUUUUUUCACUUUAAUUUCAAUGGAAGUAGAUAUUUCUGACGAAGAUUAUGUCAUUCAACGAGCAAAAUCAGCCCUUAAAACUGACCCUUUAUCGGCCAAAGCCUGGAUGAUAACAGCAAAAACUUUGUAUCCCAAUAAUUUUGGUGUUCAGUUUGAAGCUUACUGUAUUGAGAAAAACGCGGGUCAUGUUAAAGAAGCUGCUAAAUGUUUCAGUGAUUUAAUCGGUAAAUUUCAACAACAACCAGAAUUGUGGAAAGAGAUUGAGAAUGUUACUUCUGCACUUAGGGCUGAAAGCGACACCAAUGAUCCUGAAAAACAAUUUUUAUGUGAAAUGUUUAAACAUAUUUCUUCAGAUGUUCAGCAUAAGUUACUAUUGUGUACCGCAGACCAUUGUGAGGACACAAUGGAACAUUGCAGGUUACUCCUUCUCUUACUACAAAGAUUUCCAACUGCAAUUUCAAGCUAUGGGUCCCGGCUUGUUGACACGCUUCUAAGUGCAGAAAAGCACAGCCAUGAUGGCACUAAUCCCUCCAAUGCAUACAGAAAACUUUUAGUUUGCGAAUUACUACCACUGCUUGCGAGUGAAAACGCGAGAAUUGACUUGUCUCCAAAAAUACUACAAAAAUUGUUGUACAAAUCCGUGGAGUUUUAUUCCGGUUCAUUGAGUCUCAAUCCAGUCUCAUUAGACUCAGAAUCAAAAAUCGAGGACCCUUGGAAAAAACUAUUCGCUGUUGUCGAAUUUAUAGGAAAACAAAUGGAAUGGGAACCAUACCUUAUUAAUUUUAGCAAUAAUUGGACUAAGGAAAGCUACUGGCAAAAAAUUAUCAGUUACUAUCAGGCAAGGGCGAAUAACAUCGAUGAAAAGCAAUUAUUAUUUUGUUCGUCGAUUUUUUUCAUUCAUUGUUUACAUGAAUACUCAGUAAGUCUCACGCCUGAAUCCAGUCCAGGGCAACCUCAAAAUACCUUUGUUCUGGUCGAAGCUUUUCUUGACCCUAGCAUGCCAAGUCCUGCCACUGAGCAUAAAAGUAAAAAACGCAAAAAUGACGACUUCUUGUAUCCAUAUAUUUCGGUGGAAAAGUCUGAGUUGAAAAAUAUUAAUAGCAAUUUUUUAACGGCUGUCAAUUGUUGGGACUUACUUCAGGCUUCUGAACAUUUUCAAAGAGAAUUUUUCAUGUUGAAUAGUUAUUUAAAACUGGAAUCAUUGUUUACAAGUUUUGUGAUCGACUAUGCAAUUUAUAAGGGAAAAUAUGACGAUGCCCUGACAUACCUCCAAAAAAUCAACGAAACCAAUUUGUUAUUAAACAAGUAUAUUAAUAUUGCAGGAAUUUUGUAUUUGAAGAAAAAUUACAGGUCAUGUUUUGAUCAUAUUUUAUUGGCUAUUCCUUUACUACCUAACAAUAAUGUUGGCAGUUUAAGCAAUGUUUUAAUAGUGGGUGGAAAUCAACGACAUUUACAUUUUUUGCCACUAACAUACACUGCUGUUCUUCAAUAUUUCAUCAAACUGCUCCUAAGAUGCAUUAAAGAAAAUAUGGACAAGCAUAAUUAUAGCGAAUUAGCUAUUGGCCACAUUUUGACUCUAGUUCAGUUAGAUUGGCCUCAAGAGGAAGAGUUUGUGCCCCCUUUAAUGGAACAAAUCCAACAACACGGUUCCUUUAAUUACAUUUUGUUUCAAAAUUAUAUAAUUAAUGUGGAUAUAUUGGAAGAAAUAACCUACUUGUGGACCAAUCAAGGGGGCCAAAUAACUUUGGAUAUAAUUCCCCAUAUGGGACAGAGGAGAAUAGGUACGCGGGGGGCCGACAAGGGGGCGAAAGAAGAAAUCAAACAAAUAAUACGGCGGCAAGUUGCCAGAAGCAAUGAAAAUGUUAGCGAACUUUUGAUAAGAUUUUUAACGCAUGAAAGAGAGCUUAUUUUUCAAAGCUUGAUGUAAUACUAUAUUAAAAAAAAACGUAUUAUGUAUAAAA